AUGGGUUCUUUCCCAAGUCCAGGAGCACCGUAUUACAGAGAGAGAACAAGAAGGUAUGAGAACAACAAGGGAUGGAGCUCAGAGAGAGUAUCCAAGCAGACAAACAACAACAGCAGCAGCAGAAGACAUACUAUGUCCGGUUUAACACCAUUCAGUGGUGGAAGAACAAUGCCAUCAAAAUGGGAUGAAGCUGAGAGAUGGAUUUGUAGUCCAGUUUCAGCAUCAUAUGCUGAUACCAGGAGAAAUUCACAUGCUCAACAACAACUUCUUCAACAGCGAAGACCCAAGUCAAUAAGUGGUCCAAUUGUUCCUCCUCCUGGAGUGGCUUUCUACUCGAGUUAUUCACCAUCUGCUCAACAACUGAGACAAGGUUUUGUUGUGAGGAAUUUAAUGGUUAGUUCCCCUUUUUCAACGGGAGUGUUGGCACCUGUUGCUGUUUCUGUUCGCCAUUAUGAGGAAAAUGAUGGAAAUGAGGAAAGUGAGAGAUCUCUUGUUCCAAGAUAUGAUAAAGGUACUCAAAUGAGCCCUACAGAAACUGAGAAUGAUGUAGAUUCAUCUCCGAAAUCUUCUCCCUGUUCGGCCAUAGAUCAAGAAGAUUGUCAUUAUCCUAAACUAGAAGUCAGAGAUGUGGAGGUUGACAGUCAAGCUACUGUUAUGAGGGGAUCCAAGAGACAUGGAGCCAAAUUGAUCAAAAAUGACUCACUGCAUAGAACAGAAUUCAGAGAGAAUAGUGCUGAUGCUCAAGUUUCAUGUUGGGAUAUUGAAGAAUCAACCUUGGAUACUUCCAAGUUACGGAGAGAGGAAGCCAAAAUCAAUGCUUGGGAGAAUUUGCAGAAAGCAAAAGCUGAAGCUGCAAUGCGGAAACUCGAGAUGAAAUUGGAGAAGAAGAGAUCUUCAACAAUGGAUAAGAUUCUAAAAAAAUUGCGUAGGGCGCAGUUGAAAGCAGAAAGUAUGAGAAGCUUAGUACCUGUACAACAGGAACAUCACGCUUCCAAGAUUUGCAAAGUAUUUUCAUUCCCCAAAUAUGUCCAGAUAAGGUCUCUAAGCAGCUGCUUCAGCAGCCACUCUCAGUGA